AUGGCAUCAGCAAGCUCACAAAUCUGGUCACCCUUGAUCUUGGGGGGGAAUGAGUUCAUCGGCAAUAUUCCAGAGUCUAUAGGUGAUCUGAAGAGAUUGGAGGAGCUGCAUUUGGACCACAACAACAUGUCAGGGGAGCUGCCAACAGCUCUAAGCAACUGCACGAAUCUCGUGACAAUUGACCUCAAUAGCAACCACUUCAGUGGAAAACUUACCAAGGUCGACUUCAUAAGCCUGCCGAAUCUAAAAAAGUUAGAUCUUCUUUUCAAUGACUUCACCGGCACAAUUCCAGAACGCAUAUACUCCUGCAGUAAGCUGACUGCACUAAGGCUAUCUUACAAUCAUUUUAAUGUUCAACUGUCAGAAAAAAUAGGCGAUCUGAAGUCCCUCUCAUUCUUAUCACUUGCUCAUAGCUCUCUUACAAAUAUCACAAGAACACUUCAGAUCCUUAGGAGUUCUAGAAGCCUCACCAUCCUUUAUAUUGGGUUCAACUUCCUGCAUGAGACCAUGCCAGAGGAUGACAGCAUUGAUGGUUUUGAGAAUCUCCAGGUUCUUUCCAUGAAUUAUUGUUCAUUGUCUGGAACAAUACCUGACUGGUUAUCAAAGCUCGCUAAUUUGGGGAUGCUAUUUUUGCAAAACAAUCAACUAACUGGAUCAAUACCUGACUGGGUCAGCAACCUACACUUGCUCUUCCAUCUAGAUAUAUCAAACAACAGCUUUACAGGGGAAAUUCCAAGUGCCUUAAUGGAGAUGCCAAUGCUAGAAUCAGAUAAGACUGCACCAAAGGUCUUCUUUGAGCUGCCUGUUUGGAACAAGAACACAUUUAUGCAAUACCUCAUGCUCAGUGCUUUUCCUAAGGUGCUUAAUCUAGCCAUCAAUAAUUUCACUGGUGUGAUUCUGGAGGAGAUCGGUCAGUUAAAUGCACUCAUCGCACUCAAUUUAAGCUCAAAUGAGUUAUCUGGAGAGAUCCCUCAAGCAAUCUGCAACCUCAGGAACCUGCAGGUGCUCGACUUAUCUGUUAACCAUCUUACUGGUGUAAUUCCAGCUGCACUAAACAAUCUGAACUUCCUUUCUGAGUUUGACAUUUCUAAUAAUGACCUAGAAGGCCCUAUUCCAACCGGGGGCCAGCUUAGCACGUUUCCAGAUUCGAGCUUUGAUGGAAACUCAAAACUGUGUGGUCCUAUGAGUCUAAGCCGCUGUGGCUCAGCAGGAGCAGGUCUGACCUCCACUUCCUACAGAAAACAGUUCAGAUGUAAGGUCAAACAGUUCAGAUGUAAGGUCAUCUUCGCGAUCUCUUUUGGUAUUUUCUUUGGAGUCGGAGUGCUAUAUGGUCAGAUGGUUUUGGCUAGAUAUUUUGGCUAG